ACUUGCAUUUGUGUGAGAACUUAACUUAAAACGUGAGUUCAAGAGAGAGAGAGAGAGAGAGAGAGAGAGAAUCUGAGAAGCUCACUGCUUCGCUGAUUUUGAGGAAAGAGAGAGAGAAGAGUACCUCACAAGACUUUGCACAAAUAUUAAACGAAAACUUCUCAUUGUUUGUCUUUCUUCUUCAUCUUCAUCAGACAACACAUCCUUUGUCAAUAGAGUUGAAAGUCCUGUUUAAAACCCCAGACACCAGAUCAAUAAUCAUGUCUCAACAACCAAACUCCAAGUCUCUGUCAGAUUACGAAACAGCUUGGAGCCCAACAUCUCCUCUGGAGUUCAGAUUGUUCUCGAGUUUAGGGAAUCCCUUUGGUGGGUCUUCUUCUCUGAGGUCAAUCACGAGGAUGCAUCAGAGGAGCUGGGAUUCUGGUAAAGUAGGCUUGAGGAUUGUGGAUUCUCUCGAUGAUCACCACACUGAUUCCUCAAGGAUCCUUCUCCCAUCGCCUGAUAGUAAAAACAUGAUCUUUGGUUCGUUGAUGAUGAACCCCUUUGCCAAAUCUCCUAUCCAAAAGGAUGAUAAACCUAACAUCAUUGAUGCUUGUCAACAAGGACCACUUAAUGAGCAGCUUAUUGAAAGUGAAGUUGAGAUCGCAGAGGAGGAGUAUACUCGUGUUAUCUCGCAUGGUCACAACCCCAAAACCACUCAUAUUUUCGGGAGUCAGGUUCUGGAGUCGCUAGAGCACGAUGAUGAGACGACGAAGAAAGUUUGUUGUGAAGACAAGAAAGAGAGCAUUUUUGUUAUUGCUCCUCUUGACUUGACAACGAUUGCUGAUACUGAUGAUGAGUUACUACCUCCUCCCAGUGACUUCUUGAGCUUCUGCUCCUUGUGCAGCAAGAAGUUGGGUAUAGGGAAAGAUAUAUACAUGUACAGAGGAUACAAAGCUUUCUGCAGUAGCGAGUGCCGUUCAGAGGUGAUUCUUCUAGAUGAGGAAAGGGAGAAGGAAGAAGAUGAAGAAGCAGCCAAGUCUGACUCAUCUUCAGACAAGGACCUCACCAAGAAGAAGAGCAACGGUGUGAUCUUCACCGUUGGCUGAGAGGUCUAAAGGCACCCCACCAUUUCCAUGAUCGGUUUUGAGUCCAUUAAAAAAGGGGAAGGGUAGAAGCUUGAGCUGAUCAUCUGUUCAAAAGAAAAAAAAAGGAGCUGCUGGUUUCUCUAAAUCAAAGCGGCCAUGGAUGAUCAUUUUUUUUGUAUAUUGCUUGUGCUUCUGCUACCUGACAAAUACAUUAUUUGGUCUCUCAAUCUUUCAUGGCUAUGGUGGGUGUUUAUUGUUAUGGAUCUUUAUAUAAGUAUAUGGUUCUCUUAUUCAGA